AUCGUGCUGAGCAGCUGGGGGGGGGUCGUCUAUACGUGCCGCCCCUUCUGCAGUUUCUUGUGGUUUUGGAGCCUGCUAGGCUGCUAUUCAAUGGCUCGAACAAGUAAGCCCCAGAGGUUUUGAUUGUUUCUUCUGUGGCGUUUGUGUGGAAGCUGCCACACACACUCCAGAACAACAACGGCUUUUGCUUGCAUUUUCCAGUGUUUCUUUUGUCAGCAAGUUCAGCAAAGUUGCAAUUCUUCAAGUGCCAGCCCUGAUCAGAGUGAAGAACUGGCAACAGAGAUGGUAAAAAUGACAAAAUCCAAAACGUUCCAGGCUUACCUACCAAACUGUCAUCGGACCUACAGUUGUAUCCACUGCAGAGCCCAUCUAGCCAAUCAUGAUGAACUAAUUUCCAAGUCCUUUCAGGGAAGCCAGGGGCGAGCCUACCUCUUUAAUUCAGUGGUGAAUGUGGGCUGUGGUCCUGCAGAAGAGAGAGUUCUUCUGACAGGCUUGCAUGCAGUAGCAGAUAUUUAUUGUGAAAACUGCAAAACCACUCUUGGAUGGAAAUACGAACAUGCGUUUGAAAGCAGUCAGAAAUACAAAGAAGGAAAAUUCAUCAUUGAACUUGCCCACAUGAUCAAAGACAAUGGCUGGGAGUAAAUGGGAACACUUCUCUCUCUCUCUCUCUCUCUUUGGACAAUUAACCUGGGGAACAUGCUUUAUAAAGACUAAUGCAAAAAGGAUUUUGGUUCGGCUGGCUGAGAAAAUCGCUGCGUUUUUGAAACCUCCAAACUGAGUAGUGUAAUUUUGUGCCCCCCCCCUUUCCCCAAAAGGCCAUCUUUUGCCUUUUCCUCUUUGUGUAAGUUUCCCUCUUUUUGUAUAUGUAUUCCUGUGUGAACAGUUGUUUUGGAUCGACUUUUUCUACAAACUCUAGAGGAAUAAUUCCCUAAUUUCACAUUACUUUUAAUAGCUAGCGCUCUCUUUUGAACUGUGCUUUUUAAAUGCUCCUUCCUUCUGUGCAUGCUUUUUGCCCAUCACCUGCCCCGAAAUUUUGUUGAAGGCCUGCGUGAACAGUCCUAGAGAGAAUGUAAGGCAUGUUCCUUCCCCAUGACCCCGGACAUAGCAAUUUCUGUGCUCUCUUUGCAGUGAGAAGGACAUAACAUUGUAGUAACCAUUAGUUCUUUUCUUUUUCUUUUUUAAAGUACUGCAGCUUGUGUGUAUCUUUGGGCAGGUUGGUUAAAGGUUUAGUCAUUUGUACUCGCUGAGGUUUAUAAAUCCUUGCUUUUAUUUAAAGAAAAUGAGAAGCGAGGGUGGAAUAAUAAUUUACAAGGUCAACUAACUUAUAAGGUCUGACCGAAAUCAAAACAUUCCUAAUAAAGUCAAACUUUGCUCUUUUAAGAAAGAAUGUCUUAGCAAAGUUUUCAAGAUCAAAGGAUGCAACUAUAUGCAGCUCUUAUUUUUAAUGUCAUGUAAAAUGUCUCGGUACUGUACCUUUAACAGGGACUUGUACAUCCACUGAAGUUUUUAUGGCUGGUUCCAUGUAGCUACGUAGUUUUUAAUGCACUGGAUAAAGAGGUUGAUAUCGGUGAAGUGAUUUGCUCUUGCAGUCCUUAAACACACAGGAUUAUUUUUGUGUGUGAAAGUGGCCAGAGCCUCUAGCUGUUACCUGUGGGAGGUUGGAAGUUGGGGAGCAGGUAAAAAGAAAAAAGCAAAUUGACUUCUUCAUGCUAGGUUUUUUAAGGGGCGUUUGAUUUGCUGGCUGAAUCAUCCCUGAGCACAUUUUGUAAUAAACAGUUAUGUGAAAUAAGCAUCAACUUGUAAUUUCCCCCAGCUGCUGCUUUUUGUGGGGUGACUCAGUCAGACACUUCACUAUGUGUGUGUGUAUGUGUGUGUAUGUAAAGUUCACUGAUGGGAACUUUUCUGCACACUGUUUCAAGAGAUUUGAAUAAUUUUUAUGUCAUGAUUUUUGCAUUAAUAUUCUAAAAUUUAUGAGAGGAGGAACGGAUUGGAGGAUAUUUUACACUAACACCACAUAGCUGCUGAUAGCAUGAAUAAUAUGGAAAGCCUUACAUUGGGAAAUCUGCUCCUUUCUGAUACAAUGUCUUUCACAUGGCGUAAGAAAAACUUUGCAUUGUUCCUCUCUGCUGGCUGCUGCUAUCCUCGUCUGAUGGGCUUUCUAGUCUCUACUGCACUUUAGCUAUAUCUUUCAUGUUAAAAGUAAGAGUAAUCUUUCCCUAAAGAGGAAUUGUCCCUUCCCUCUUCUGUUUGAAGAAUUAUUUCCCAAGCAAACCAUCUGGGAAGUAGUAUGGUUACACUGUGAUGCAAAAAAAGGAUAUUGAAUAUAUCUGUUUAAAUGUGUGUGUACAUAGUUACCUCUUAGGCAUUCAAAUCCAAAGAGCUGUACUAGUGACAGCUAGAUUCAAAUUUUGUUUUGCUGAAUGACCUUUUAUUCUGGUGCUUAAUUUAAUAUGAAUGAGGGUUUGUGUGUUUUUUUUAUCCAUUAAUCUUCAGUACAGUACUUGAUCUAAAUGUACACUAGAACCAGGAGUUAUCUUGACUCACGCCUAGACAGCAGCAGCUUCAGCCGCCCUCAUCGACCACAAGCCGCUGAAGUUUCUCUUAAGAGGAGCUAUUUCCUCAUGAGAAGACUUGGCUCUCUGGUAUCCUCCUUAGUGCUGCCAUCACAGAUCCUUCCAGUCCCCUUGGACUAGGAGUAAUCAGCAUGGGAACCUAGAAUAGGCAGGCACUGUGUGUCUUGUGGGUUAGUGACUUGUGCAAACAUCUGUCUGGUGUGCCUCGCUAAAUAUCAGUAAACUGACUUUAUUUAUUUUGUAUCGCUUUCAAAUCGCUUUAUCCGAAAGGUCUGGUUUUCCUAUCUUCCCUCCACUGCUUAUGGCUGAAACAGUAAAUAACUUGAACUAUAUUCUAACUGGUACAGUAUCCACUGCCAACCAUGUAAGUACUGAAAUCGUAAGCAGAUGGGCACUGUUGUUGGCUCACGAUGCUGGCUGUAAGCCGUACCAGCUAUGAAACUGUCGCUAGAAGCAUAUCUUCUUUUUCAAUAGCAUGGUUCCUCCUUGGUUUAAAUGUCUCUCACCUAGUACUUACAGGAAUUAGAGGACAAAUUUCGGCCAGGUCUUUUGGGCAGGAGUUUGAGGCUCAAAAGAGUUUGAGAGACAAAAUCCAGCCUCUUUUUAUCAGUGCAUUAUUCAUAUUCUAAACCUAAAUCACUUAGGUCUAAACUACAUGUUGGAGGCAAGCAUGUAACUAGCCUUCCUCAAAAGUUGAAAAUUCACUUUGGGAUGAAAAGAGUAGAGGCGGGAGAUGCUUAGACUUUUCCCUGCUCCAAAUCAUUUCCCCAAGUAUUCUCCCUCUGCCCCCAAGGUUCCAAUUGUAUGUUUGUAUUUUGGGGGCAAGCCGUGGGUAGGGCAUGAAGAGGGGCUGGAGUGGAGCUCCUCUUCUCUCUCUUGCUUUUCCAUUCUUACUAAUUCUCCCAAAUGUUUUAUGGUAAAAAAAAAAGAGGGGCUUUUAAGAAAACACACUUGCACAUAUUGUGUAGUUUGGCCUUCUGGGUACAAGGUUUCACCUAAACCGUUUGUUAAACCUGGAUGCCAAAAACUUGAGAUUUUUAUUUUUUAGUUGGCACCUGGAGUAUCAAAUUGCGGGUAAAAAUCUAAUGCAAGUAAUUUGUAGUGAUAAGGCAUUUAAGAAUACCAAAUAGAGCAAUAUUUUUAUGGAUUUUGAAAAGGGGAUGGGAAGGGUGGUAGAGAACUCUAAAUCUAAAAAUGAUACUGUAGGUAUCAAGUAGCAUUGCAUAUUAGAUCCUUUGGGGGAAAUGAAUGAUUUUACUUGGCAUUGUAGGAAGGUCUUUAAAACUGGGUGCUUCAAUUUUACAGGUUGGGUGUCAGUAGGAUCCAGAUACUGCUGGAUGUUGGUUGAUGUAUAAAAGGUCAGUCUGGUUACUGAACUUUCCAGCAUUACAUAAGCGUAAUACUUGAACAUUUUUCAAAACAUUUACCCUCUUAACCAUUUUGAGUGUGUGUAAUGUAUUCUAUUUAAGGUUUUGUGUGUUCUUUCUGGGUAAGUUUACGCUAUCCCUUCAACUUGAGCACUUUUGUUACCUGUUAUUUUUAUUACUGUUGGUCUUAACAUUUAUUAUAUAUAUAUAUAUAUAUUUUAUAAAUUGUAACAAGGAUUUUUUGUGAACUUCUGUGUGCUACCUACUAGCUCCCCCCCCCCCCCUUCUUUGGACUAGAUGAACUGACUACAAGCUGGUUCUUGGGAAGAAUGUUCAUUCGCACAUACAGAAAAUGUGCUCGCAAAGUGUACAUGUAUUGAGGUGUUUUUCCCUUCGAACUCAAUAGCCACGGUUAGCAUAAACUAACCAAACAGUAUGGCAUGACUGAGGGCCAGAUCAGGCAAUUUAAAAAUCUCCUUGUGGAAGAAGGAAUGUCUAAUCUUGCAGAACCACAUUGGCAGGCUCCCAGCAAAGUAAACGCUAGGAAACAUUGCCAUGACGUGGUCAUGCUAGAUCAGAUGCUAACUUCCUCCAUGCAGAUGUAUCUAUAAGGAUGCUGAUGUGAAGCUUUUUUGUGCAUCUGAACACUGUGCAACUUUUCCCCCCUCUUCCAUUUUUUCUAGCUCCUUUGCUGUGAGCGUUACGGUAGUAUGAACCAAUUUCAUGUGGCAGUUAUUUCUCUUAACAGCUGUGGACGGCUUUUAACCACUGGAAGAAAACACCAGGCUUCCAGAAUAUUAAGUUGCAUUAUUUCACCACUUGUCCCAAUAAAAGCUUGCUUCUCGGCCUAAUCAGUCUUGUUAUACAUAUGGAUUUGACUUGCUGUGCUAUUGCCAUGAAUCCUAUUAUGUAACAACCCAGAACAACUUGAACUCACCUCGGCCCGUUUGUUAAACAAGGCUAGAGAGCAUUGCUUUACUCAUGGCCCAAGUUUAACUAUAUUAUGUUGUGAAGUUGAAAUUACCAAUGUCUCUCUAAAUUGCUUUAUUACCUGUAUGAUGAACCUUAUGUCACAGGACUGUGUUAUGCAUAACCGUUACUGAAAGCUCCCUUGGUGUCGGGUGAAAUUAAGACUUCAGAGAAGCAGUGUUUCCCUUUUGAGGGAAAGGGACAGUGCACUUUGGUCAUUAAUAUGAAUGUCAGCAUUAAUUGGGCUGUACCAUUUUGAUUUCUAAUAAAUCUGAAAUGUGAGAUUUACAAAAAUAUGCUGUUUUUUUCAGAGAAGAUUAUGGUCUGCUAUGAUAACCUGUUUUAUGACGACUCAACCCAGAUAGCCACAGUUUAUUAUCCAGCUUUGUAUAAUGGUGAAAGGAAUGACGGCAAAUGUUCAAGUUAAUGGUACACCAUUUGUGUAGAGGCAACCACCAGUAAUCUUAUGCUACCAUGAACAGGGAUUUCACAGAAGCAAGGUAGGGUCAAAAACACAGGAGUCAUAGCAGGUGCCCAUUGACUUGUGCCUCAUUGCUGGAACGCUUUUGGAAAAACUCUUACUUUUUGCGCAGCUGAUGUGGCUUCUUUCUGGUUUUUGUCUUGGCAAUACUGUACACAAGUUGUUGUUUCCCUUUAUUGUAUCUACUUGAGGUAUCACAAUAAACGUUUUCAGUUUUGUUGAA